AUGGAACCGUCGAAGAAACCGUACGAAGGACUGAAAUGCGAAGAUUGUUCCUAUUGGUUUAGUAAGAUGUACCUCUUUAAACAACACUUCCGUCGAUGCCACACCGAUCUUGGGGAGCUGAUCGAUCUGCCCCCAUUACCGUUCCUGGUAGAAACAGUUUCCUACAACCAGCUAGAAGAUGAGCUAUGGUUCGCAUUGCUGCACACUACUCCGAUGCAGCCAAUACUGAUGCGUAUAUUCGAAGCCGAAUCCCAUGCCACAAUGCGCAUUGCCAAUAUAAACGAUAUACGUGAGCAAACGCGCCGGGUAUCAAAGAAAACGACGGAGCGAGACGUACCGACCCUACCCAUACUGUACGAUAUAUACACCGAGUUACGUGCGGGCGGUAAGCAAAGCUUUUAUGCUGUCCCCAAGCUGAAGCCGCCGGUGGAGUUUCCUCAUCACGACGUAUCUUCAAUUUGUUCCGUUUUCUUUCGUUGCAGUGAUUUGUUCGAAGGUUUGGAACCCGAGCUACCGGAAAUACGAAGUUGUUUGUUAGAUGAGAUCACUCUAUUUAAUGAAGGUCUGUCUAACCCCUUGGUCAACGCCUUGGAGGCAUUAGUCAAUGAGCUUUAA